AUCUUCUUCAAGUUUCCCUCCGUGGGCAGUGGAGAUUCUUUUCGGAAAAAUUACCUAAAUCUGGAUAUUCUGAGAAAAACUCGCUCUUUUCCAGAUUCUAUUUCCAUCUGCUGGUAACUCUGCCUUAGGUUUCACAAGAGAGAGAGAGAGAGAGAGGUCUGUGCUGUCAAUGGCCAACUGGGUCCCAUGUGAAACUCAGGACGGGGGUCCCUCCAUGACCAGCUGUUCUUCUUCAUAUUGAGAUAUAGUCACGAUCAUACGGUGGAAACGUCAGGCGUCAAAUUGAAAAUCCCCACCAUUUCCUUGCUGCCUCCUAACCUUUCUCAGUGCUCCUCAGAUCUACUGAGCCUUUUCUCCUCUCUUUCGCCUUCUUCUUCUCUAUCUAGCUCUCUCGCUCUCUCUCUCCCCCAACCACUCUCCCACCUUUCCUUUCUUGAGAUCUUCAAGGGUCCGGGAAUGAAUUCACGCAUCCAUUAGUUGGAUCUAUGUGAAGCAAAGCUGUGUUUGUGUGUUCCUUUUGAGUGAUUCAAGUUCCCCUGUUUCCACAUCCUCUUCUUCAAUUUCGCCCCGGUAACUGACGAAUGAUAAAAGAUGGGGAAGAAAGGGAACUGGCUUGUCGCCGUCAAGAAGGCCUUCAGCCCUGAAUCGAAAGAGAAGAAACACGAGGCCGGGAAAUCCAAGCAUAAAUGGCUGUUCGGAAAGUCCAAACGUUCUGACCAUGCUGCUCCGUUGGAAGAAACCGUCACUGUACUGACAGAAGAGGCUAAAUUUACAGAAGCGGAGGAUGAACAGAACAAGCAUGCUUACUCGGUUGCUGUUGCAACUGCAGUUGCUGCAGAGGCUGCCGUCGCUGCCGCUCAAGCUGCAGCAGAAGUUGUUAGGCUGACGGCGGUUCCUCGGACUCCUGGAAGAUCCAGGGAAGAGCUGGCGGCAAUCAAGAUUCAAACUGCAUUCAGAGGAUACCUGGCAAGGAGGGCUUUGAGAGCUUUGAGAGGACUUGUAAGGUUGAAAGCGUUGAUCCAUGGAAACUCUGUCAAGCGUCAAGCCACAACCACGCUCCGAUGCAUGCAGACACUGGCGAGGGUCCAGGCUCAAAUCCGCUCUAGAAGGAUCAGGAUGUCAGAGGAGAACCAAGCUCUGCAGCGUCAACUACUACUGAAACGAGAAAAGGAGCUUGAACUGUUGAAAGCAUCUAUGGGAGAAGAUUGGGAUGACAGUCUGCAGUCAAGGGAGCAAAUAGAGGCCAAAUUGGCGAGCAAACAAGAAGCUUCUGUCAGAAGAGAGCGGGCGUUGGCAUAUGCUUUCUCUCAUCAGCAAGCAUGGAGGAAUUCAUCCAGAUCAGCAAACCCAUUGUUUGUUGACCCAAAUAAUCCACACUGGGGUUGGAGCUGGUUGGAGCGGUGGAUGGCUGCUAGACCAUGGGAGAACCGUCAUGUCAUAGAGAGAGAACAUUCUGAUGCUGCAUCAUCAGUAAAAACAGCAACUCGCAGUGCUGCAGAGAUCACCAAGCCUCAAGCUCGAAGCGAGAUCAAUGGUGAGAGACCACCACCUUUGGCUCUGAAAUCAGGCCGGCCUACCAGUAGAGUGUCUCCUUCAACACCACAAUCAAAGACCUCAUCUAUAGCUGGAAGGACAAAGCUAACAAGCCCCUACGGUGGUUGGGGCGCUGAAGAAGACUCAAGGAGCAUGUUGAGUGCACAGUCAGAGAGAACCAGGCGUCACAGCAUCGCAGGUUCCUCUGUUAGGGAUGAUGAGAGCCUUGCAAGCUCCCCCGCCGUUCCAAAUUACAUGACACCAACUCAAUCAGCAAGAGCCAAGACUAGAUUGAGCAGCCCACUGGGGGACAAGCAGGAGACAGCAGAAAGGACACCAGCUUCCAUAAAGAAGCGGCUAUCAUUCUCGGCUACUGAGAAGUUCAACAACUCUGCCUCUCCAGCCACAGGGAGGCGCUUUUCAGGCCCUCCCAAGGUGGAGAGCUCUUUAAAGGACAUUGAUGUUAAGCCAGAGAAAGCAGCAAGCAAUGGCUCCCUCUGGUAGUCCCAACUUGAAAAAAUAAAAUCUCGAAGCAUUCGAAUUUGUCUUCUCUGUGAUCUUCCCUUCAUCUCCUGUCUAAACUUGCGUUAGCCUCUACAGUGUGUGGCUUAUUAGUAAAGUUGAAGUCGUAAAUCUAUGUCGGUUUGUAGUCAUUGUGAUUGUGGACAUAUGAGAGUCUCAUUCAAUUGAUUUCUGCUGCAGAGGGUUGUUUCCGCCCUUUGGUUGUAUUUUUUCUUUCUUUUUUAUGUCCUGUCUAGAGGCCCUUCCCUAUGUAUUAAUUCUAGUUCCUUUUGCUUCA